AUGAAGCUUCAAGUGAUUAUCUUUGUACUGUUCUUGGUUGGACUGUCAUCUGCCUUCUUCCCAUGUGGUCCGAGCCAAUGUGAUAGGAACUGGACAUGUUUCGUCAGUGGACCUCGCUGCUUCUGUAACCUUGGAUACCUUGACCGUGUUGACUUUAACCAGACCACUGUCAACAGCUGGAAGCAAGAGGGCGUUGACUAUGUACAAGUGGAGGCCACCGUUCAGAACGUUGGUCCAUCCAAUUUGGCCGAUGUCCAGGUUGAGGCCACCGAAUACCAUGCCUAUGGAAAGGAUAUCUGGGGUGUUGAGUGGAACACCAAUGGUAACAUGCAUUUCCCAUCCUACGUUAAGACCUUGACUCCAGGUGAGCACUACUCAUUCGGUUACAUUGCCAAGUCCAACGAGCCACUGCACCUCUACAUCGUCAGCAUCACUCUUCCAUAA